GAUGUGAAACUCAACAUCCGUUCUCACCAUACUAUUGGUCGCAGCAUUAGCAAACAGCUAGCUGCUUUGCUAAAUUGGUCUGGAAUUAUGCUGUUGCAUCGCGUGUGUCGGCGUCGCUACCACAAUGUCUAGACAACAUGGAGGAAAUCUGAAGCAGGAGACUCUAUUUUCAUUUGAACUUAUAGUGGAAUACAUUCAAUUUAACGGCGAAAACACUGUUUCUGACGCGCUAGCUGUUGGAAUACGACUGUUGGACUUUCCAACGCUGCUUAUUUAUUCGCCUGAGCUGAGAGGUGAAUACGCCAUCGAGCACCAAAAGAACCGCCACCAUGCCAUAGGAGGGCUAUAUUCAUUUAACAGAGGCAAGUCGUGUUUCUUCCAAAUGAAUCUGGACACUCUGCAUACACAACUCUCAAGCACUCCUCUCUAUGUUAUGAUUCUGGAUGUGAAAGAAGAUAUACCCAAAUUAGUUGGAACCUCCCUCAUCUCACUGACUAAAAUCGUGGACAGAAUCAGACAAGAUGCCAACGACAAUGGGACUUCCAAAUGCUCUUCAUAUGGGGAAAGGGGACUUGUGUGCAUAAACAACCUUGCAGAGGAGACUGUUGGAUCCAUAUCUUUGAGUUUUAAACUAUUAAUUGUUGGAGACAGAUUACUGUCACAUGUGACUGAAAGCAGCCCAGUCUACAGAGAACAGAGUGCUGAAGAGGAUGACACGAAGAAGACAUUAAAAAUACCUUCUGGCUAUAAGAGAGUUCAGUUGCCCACAUUGGACAAUCCUGAUAGCGGCAUUCUAAGUAGUGGGAAUAAUGUGGAUAAGCAGGCUGUGUCCACCCAGACUGAACAUGAUCCAAUAAUCCAAAUUCCUCACAGCGUCAAAGAAGAUGAGAAAAGUUUUGAUGAGGACCUUGCUGUAUUUUGCCCCCCACGUCUUUACUAUUGUAAUUCUGGGAAGGAGAAAACUCAAGGAGUGCAGUACAAACUAUUUAAACCAGACUCAAAAGUUGUAACACAGAAAGACACAUUCUCUGAAAAUGAAAGUGAUAUUUCUUCAGUGAUGGACAAGAUCGUGGAACCUACAGACAAAACACCAGGAGACCAUCAAGCAAGUGUUAAUCGAAAUGUACUUGAGGAAGCCUUGAGACCACUACCUCUCUUAAAUGCUCUUUUUGUCGAGCUGUCACAGUUAAAUGUCCAGAACCUUCACCAUCAACAACCAAAUCAUCCUGACUUGGCUAGGAUUUAUAGGCCUGCGUCCACCGAGCCUUCACAUGGCCAAGGGAGCGCAAGAACGUCGAAAACCAGGCCACUGCAAGAACCCACGCAGGGAAGUAGUUUAAAACAUUCUCCCACAGUUUCUCCCCAAAAUGUGAAGCAAGUAUCUAAAAGCAACCAUAAAGAGGCUUUAACUGAGAGUAAAGCACACAGAAAAAAGCUAGUAUAUGGAACAACAAGAACCUUCAAUCUAAGGCGGCAGAAACACGCCACUGUGGUGAAACAUCGUGACUGUAUGAUGACGCACGUGCACAAUGAGCCUCAGUCAAGUAAAGGGAAGACAAAAUGUCCGGCCAAAAGCAAGAGCUCAGUUUCCAAAGAAAAUCUGAAGAAGACACAAAAUGUGGAAGUGGUCUCGGUAGUGCAGGACACCACACCACUGCUAAAACGUGCAGAUGAAUCUUCCAGUCCUAAAAGUCUGAAGCAAGACCACAUACCCGUUCCUUGUGUUUCUUAUCAAGAUGAUGCCACAAACGACAAGCUUCCAGAAACAAACCAGGCAUCUCCUAAAUCAGAGCGCUUAAGUGAGAAAUCUUCUAGAAGUUGUCGCCACAGCAGCCACAGGUCUUCUCUGUCAGACUCCAGCAGAGAAGGAACCAAAGAAGAAGACUAUGCAGAUGACUUUAACAGUUUUGAGGCCAGCGACGCAGACACCACCACCACCACCAGCAGCAGCAGCAGUCCCGAGCCUGCUCAAGCUGAGCCUCCGAAGGCUCCAGUCCUCCGCAGAUUCCGCAGUUCAGACUCGGGCUCAGAAUCGGCCUGGGCGAGACCCCUUCUUCCUGCACCCAUCAGAGCUCAUAGCCCCUUACAGCGGGUUCUGAGAGGCACGCACAUCAUCCGAACAUUAGACUCUGCACUCAGCUUUUCCUCUGAUGAGGAAGAUAAGGAAGGAUCAGGCAGAAUGCAAACACUACACUCCCGGAAAGAACCAAAGGAGGGGGAGUCUGGAGCAAAGAGUCUCAUAUCAUUAAGGGGUCAAAGGAGUGAAUCUGACAAGAGCAGCAGCAGCAUUCAACAAAAUUAUUCACAAUCUGAGUGCUCUGAUUCCCUAGAGGCUGAUGAAAUAGAAGACGAGCUUGGAUCACUGGACUUUAGAAAAAAGUAUCAGAAUAUAUCUGACCUUAUGGCUGCCAAACUACCUGGUUAUACAAUGUAAAUACAAAGAAAAUACCACAUUCUAUUUUCUGGCUUAAUGGGUUUCUAGUAUUUCUAGUAUAGCUAUAGUAUAGUUCCUAUGGAAGUAAUGUGUAAUUUAAUUUUAAAUAAAUACAGCUAGUAAAGAAAACUCAGCUCUGACUUGAAUUAUUGAUCUGUUGGGCAUCCAUGUUUAUUUUUCACUCUGCUCAAUUUGCCGCGUAGCAAAUAAAGCUUGAACUUUGUUUUCCUGGUACUGGUACUUCUCUUCCGCACAAUGCUUUGUAUGUUUCCCACUCAUACAAUGCACUUGUUUACAGUUUUACAAUAUUUUCAUUUCAUGUUAUUUUAUACUUGAAAGUGUAGUUUAAGUU